AUGGUACAACGACGAUCUGAAAACUCAGACCCGCCGCAAGAAUCUCGGUCAGAACGACCCAGGCUCCGAAAUCAAACCCUCCAACAACAUAUUGAUCUAUCGAACUCUUCUUCAUCAGAACAUGCUAAAAUCCUACCAUCUCCAUCACAAAACACACCCAGUUUUAAUGCUUUGGGAUCCACUGGUGUUGCUACUGCUACUGGUAAUAACUCUAUUGUUUCAUUAAGCUCUUUCUCCACAGAAACUUUAACCGAGGCCCGACAGCAACCUUGGGAAAAUCGCAGUGAUCAACACACAAAAAGCCCAGGUAGCCAUUUUGAGGAUAAGAAAAGAAUGAAAGGCAAAUACAGGCAAAAACCUCAUGGAAAUGACAUUAAUAAACACCAUAGUUCGAUUGGACUCGAAAUGCAAAAAAUGGACAUUGAGGACGACAACAAUAGGCAGAAUCAUAAUGUCAAAAACAUUAAUAGUGAUGAUGAUGAAGAUGACAAGGAAGAAUAUAACGAAGACAAUGAAGAAGAUGGUAGAACAUCAACCGUUGAAAUUUCCCCAUUUUCUCCAUAUUCUUCCUCUUCUUUCUUGCUUUCAAACGACUCCACCACAUCUUCUUCCAACACAAGCCUCAGCAACAUUCACAAAAAGCGUAGAAACACCUACGUGAUACCCAACAUGCCCGACACUAUGCGACAGCAAAAACAUUCGGCUGCUUUGAAAGCAUACGAGCACUGGAAGGCUGGGAAAAGUUCGUUGCGACAAGCUGCGCUCAAGUUCCACGUGGACAAAAACAUGGUAGUCCGCGCCCCAACCUUGGGCCAGAAAAAGCUCCAUAGCAGACGCUUUUUCGAAAUUGAGGAAGAAAACGCUAUUGAGCAUGCUAUUUGCUAUAUUGUAAGUCUUGAAAAGUAUGGCAUGCCAAGGCUCAUUAGAGAAAUGGCCGAAAUGGUGUUGCGUAAAAGACCAAAUGUUGCGUCUUCAUCAUCAUCAACACCAACAUCAACAUCAACUUCUCCUUCUACAAAAUCAUUUGAAAAUCAUCAUACAUCACCGUCUUAUUGUGAACUCUCCCGUGGUUGGGCAAAACGUUUCAUUGAACGUCAUCCUCAUGUGGGCCGUGGCCUCAUUUCUUACAAAGAAUCAGGGCCUCACCCUUAUGGACCCUUUAACCUCGCUCAAGCUUGGUUCACUCUUUAUGCAGUGGCCAUUCAAUAUUUUGGCCCUGUAUCCCCAAGUAAUCUUUAUAGCAUAGGCGAGCUAUCUUUAUCCGAAGUCCUUUUGCAAUCACCUCCAGCAGCAGUAGCAAGUAAUACUCAGCAACACUAUCAUUUCAUUCCAACAACUCCCUUUUUCAAGUCUUCUAAUUCAUCCUCAUCAUCAUCAUCACCCGCAUCAUCUUCUUCUUCACCCUCUAAUUUAUCUUCAUCAUCUUCUCCUCCUCCUAGCUCAUUUUCAUUGCCUUCUUUUUUCCCAAGUGUCUCUAAAUCCACAGAGUCUACCAUUCUCAUUGAAGCAAUCUCUGGUGAUGGCUCUAUGUUGCCAUCUUUUGUUAUUCCGUCUCCUCGUGGAGUUUCUCCAGAUGUUUACCGAAGAAUCAAAUCUCAGUUCCCUGAUGUUUCUAUUGCAAGUUCCUCUUCGCAAACUGGGAAAGCUUUCCGUAACCACUCUAUUGACUUCCUCAUCAACCAUUUCGACCGCUGCACGGCCGCAAAAUCAAACAACGGUGCUUUGCCUCGAGGUCUCAUCAUUGAUGGUGCUGGAAAGCUUGCAGGGUCUAUUACAGGGACUCCCAGCAGCUUUACCAAUGCAACUGGAGUAGCAACUGGUGGUUCGAAUUCUGGUUCUGGUGGUGACGAUCCUUUGGCAAGUGCCAAACAGUCAAUAGAAUCAGAAUUCAUUAUGCAAGCUGCAAAACGUAAUAUUGUGGUGUUAAUUCUUCCAAAAUUGCCCAAGGCUUGCCCCAUCAAGCCCUUUUCUGCCUCUGGAUUCAAGUCCGCUGUGAGGACCAGAGUUAAAGCUAAAUUAAAGUGCCCAGGCUUGUUACCGUCUCAGAAAGUCCCUACGAGACCUGGAACUGCAAGUCUUAGCAACCUGCUAAAUCCGAGCAGUAGCACAAGCAGUAAAUCUUUCCCAUAUUCUCAUUUUCCCUCGUCAUCUUCUUCUUUUUUGCCUGCAAAUAACUAUGGAGAGUCUAAUAGUAACCAUGGAAGUAGUACUACUAGUGGCAGAGAUAGCUGUUCACCUUUUUUCCCAAUAAGUUCCACGGCCUCAACAGGUGUCAGUGGUAGUGGUAAAAGCAGAAGCUCCACUGUGACACCCCCAUCUACUACAGGCACAAUAACUAUAGCGACUGCAGCGGUGGUGCCUGCUAUUGGAAUGAAUACAUUCACUAAUUCUACUACUGCUACCACCACUACUACUACUACUUCUUCUUCUUCAUCAUCAUCAUCAUCAUCAUCAUCAUCAUCUUAUCCCUCUGCAUCUUCCUCGACACCUUUUUUUACUUCAGCCACUGCCAUUCGGUCUGACGUGGAGUUAGGGCUCUGUGCAUACUUUGAGGCCAAACAACAGGUUCCGGUUGAAGACAUCCAGGAUGGGUUUCGUCGUUCUGGGCUUGUUCCGUUUGCACCCUGUGAGCUAAAUGCAAGUUUGGCCUCGCCAGCCAUGGUUGCAGCAGCUGCUGUUGCUGCUGUACCCCAUUUCCCGUUGACCAAACCAGGAGAUGCUACUGCUUCUGCUUCUAGUGGCGGUACAGUUAAAAAUAACCGAGAAGUUAAAAGUGGUGUUGGUGGCAAUCUUAACAUUAGCAACAACAAUGGCGGUAAUAGUAGCAGUUGUAGCAGUAAUAAUUAUAAAACUACAACUUUGGGGGGGAUGCAGGCAAUUGUGGAAACCACUAAUAGUCUCCCGCAAGCAACGGCGUCGGCAUCAGCAUCGACUGCCGAGCCUGGUCACACUCUUGUGAGUUCAUCAAUUAUUGGGACUGGAGAAAAUUCCAAUGAUGAAAAAACCCAAUGCUACCACAGAAAUGAGAAAGAGCUAAACGAGGAGCGGAAUGAAGAAAUUUAUGGGCAGCGUCAAUUUGUUGCCCCUCUUCAACAACAACAACAACAACAACAACAACAACAACAACAGCAUUUUCAUAAUCUCAAUAAUAACAACCAUAAUAAUAAUCACGAAUCUUACCAAUCUUCUGAGGUUCGUGACCAUCGCAUGGAAAUCCAAGGUUUGUUGGACUCAAGUCAUACGGCAGCGUCCACUCCUCAUGACUCACAUUCUUGGAAGCCCACUCCUAAGACUGGAGCAGGCACUAAAGUGCUUCAAAGUUCAACAAGCUCUACAUCUCAGACAGUGUCUGAUAACAACAUCAGGAGUGACUCGGGUAAUAAUAAUAUCUAUUACAAUGAAGCCAAGUUAACAAGUUCGGGUUCUGGAACUCUUACACAAACGAGUGUAAGAGGACCUGUGAUAGCACAGUCUACAACAAAUAGCACAUAUUUGGGCAACCCAUGGGGCAAUAACUGCCACAAUAAUGAAAACAACAAUACUUCCAAUUCAGUUCUACCUCAAGUCUCCGUGAGUGCUAAAGCUUCAAGUUCUGGAGCAGGUUUCGGGUCAAGUUAUAGCAGCAGCUGGGUUUCUGCGACAGGAUCGCAUGCUCAUGCAAAAUCUUCUGGAGCACGCCAUGCUAGGUCAACAACAAGUGCUGGGCCUCUUCUCAUUACUCCUAGACGCCCCCUUUCUUCAAAUGCUGGUGUAAAUAGCAUCAGUAGUAAUAGUAGCAGCAACAGCAGCGGCAGUAGCGGAGACAGCAAAAACAACAUUACUGGUAUUAAAAGUCUUGUGCGUCAGUUCCCCGAGUUCCAACGUGAGGAAUAUCCCUUAGAGCGACAGAUAUUAACACCAGGAACUGGUGCAUCGGUGCUUCGCCCUGGAACUCUCAUUUUAUCAUACGACGAGUUGCUUGCACGCUUAGGGACAUCCCCUGCUGAAUUUGAGCGGAUUUACGAAACGUUUGCGCGGGUCAAAUGGACUCUGGAAGAGUUCAAGGCGAGCUUUUAA